CGAGGGUCAACUUUGGGUACCACUGACGUAAAGGAGAGGUAUUAUGUAAAAUUGUUUCUUUUGUAAGCUUUACAUCGUAUUAUAAUGUCGUUCCCUCAUCCAAAAUAUAUCUGGAGCGUUAGUUUGAUUUAUACUGCAGUCUGGAAGCAGAGCCUUCCCCUCAUAGAACAUCCCUGCCCCACACUUUCCCCACUCAGCUCCUUCAGACUAGCCAGCAGCAAUUAGCAAACACCUGGUGGAACUGAGCAUCUGCUGAGCUUGUUUUGUGAGCUACUUCUCAGUGCAACGUUCCUGAGAUUGAUUGUAAACGGCAUAAUGGAAGAACACUGCUAUGAUGCUAUGACGCUUCAGACCCGAGUCAUUCCAAAUUGUACCCACAAGUCUCAAAGUUGGAGGUGUGCAACUAUGGGUACGGAAAUGUUCCCGGCUCCUUCCACUGUACGUUUGCAUGAACACUUGACUGUGAACUAUUCAGUAGUGAGGAAACACCACCACUCCUCUGUUGAAUCGCCACUUCAAUGUGGUGGAGAGGUGUUGCAUCCCUCCUGAGGCUACGUAGUCCAGAACUUUAUCUCCUAGCCGAGUCUUCCAUGGAAAAUGGACCUCAGACUAAAAGUUCCCACAUACUUGGACGUACAGCACGCAUUCUGUGAGCUGUACAAACUCCACGCAUAAUGUCCAUCUACAGUUGCGAUUUCAUACUUGAGCGUACCAAUUUCCUACAUGGGUCGUAACAAAUUCCUUCAUUUCCCACAACCUGAAUGGAUACUAGAAAGUUUGAUGAGCUCGGUGGGUGCAGAGCCCUGUUUCUAAUCCACCAGGGCAUCCGCCACACACCUGUCGGUGAUGCACAGAGUGGCAGUGUGAAAGCUACGUGUCAUUCCGACUGUUGGCAUCUUAUAAUCUAGGUGUUCUAUGAGAACACCAUUUUCCACUAAUCAGUUGACUGUGUGACACAGAGUACACAUACACGGUUGUAAACAUUUUCCUUUGCACCCAAGUGUCUGGUAGAUGUCCCUGUUGAACCUGCCUCGAGUGCACUUAGACCUCUGCAGAAUGAAGUACACCAGUGUACGUGGAGCCCUAAGAGUGAUUCAAAGAUUCCGGAUACCAAGGUGACUGAAGGUGUCUGACAUUCAGAGGAAGCUCAUGGUAGAGCCACUGCUCCUCUACACUGAAAGGAGUUAGGUUAGGUGAGGUAGUUUGGGUAUCUGACCAGGAUGGUCUUAAGUAUGCCUCCCAUUGGAGGUUCGCUGAGCAUGCCCCAGUGGGAGGAGACCCCUGGGAAAAUCCAAAACUCACUGGAGGGGCUAUAUAUAAUCCACCCAGCCUGAGAACGCCUCAAACCCUCCCAGAGCAACAUGAAGGAUGUCGCAGAAUGUCUGGAAGUCACUCCUGGACGUGUUGCCUCACAACCCAAUCUCAGAUGAGCAGAAAACGAUGGAUGGAUGGAUGGACUUACACCAUAGGUGGCAUCAUAUCUCAGCACCAGGCAGGAUUUCACCAAGCUCUUGAGAGAGACUCAUUCUUUCACAGUUGUUUGUAGAAACAGUCCACAUGCCAAGGCGCUGGAUUUUAUACACCUGUCGCCAUGGAAGGCAUUGGAACAUCUCAAUUCACUUACGGGAGGGGGAAACGGAUACUUCUGGAAAUACAGAUGAUGCUCUAUGAAGCUUUACUGAAAGUAAAGUUUACUCCCAUAUCGAGCACAGAUCAGUGACGUUUCAGAGAACUGCUCUCAGUUCUAGCCUCUCACGGACAAAACGGCGUUAUUCUCCAUGGAGCUUACCCAACUCGUGAACUCCUUCUUAGACAACAUAGUCCGUUGUGUUAAGACAUUCCAGACGCGUGUCUGACAGUGACUUGACACCGGCAAACACAACAGUGCUGCUUCACCCUAAUUGGAUAUACAGCUUAUGAAAAAAUAAUCACAUUCUCACAGCAUUUCAAGAAAGAAAGACAGAAAAAAAAGAUGCUGAUGAGUGUGUCAGUCGGUAAGAGAGAGAGAGAUAGAUCCAUACUUUCCUUCCAAUUCAAAGUUUUCUACCUCCCUCUCUUCCUCUCUCUCUCUCUGCCUCAGCGCCUUCAACUUUGCUCCCUCCAUUGAUGCAGUCUCACUCCUCUUCCCCCCUGUGCCCAACGGCCAUCUCUCAGCCCCCAGCUCGCGCAGGAAUCCGUCUCCGCGCUCUAAUCCUCACAUCAGAAGUGCUGUCUGUCUGUAUUCCUCGCUCUUUUUUUUUUUUUUCUUCCCCUCUUCGCUGCAGCAUGAGUGCUGAAUGCAGCAGUUACUACAACACUGACGGCGUGUUCGUGGAGGCUUUCUCCUGCCCCAAACCCGGCAGCGCUGCCUUCGCCGUCUACUGUUGCGGCUUUAAUGAUGUGAAGUAUUGCUGCGAUGAUCCCAACAGCUUUUUCCCCUACGAGUAUGGAUACAUGUGGUGGCUAAGUAUCGGUGCUCUUGUAGGUCUAUCAAUCGCAGCCGUGGUGCUUCUCGCCUUCCUCAUCACCGUCUGCGUCCUCUGCUACCUUUUCAUAGCCACCAAACCCAAUCGCCUUGACAACGGCCUGCCCCUCAGAGCACCAGGUCAGGAUGGCUGGAGACCCCAACGAGGGACCCAGCCAAGGGAGAGCGGCCGGUGGGUCCGGUCCGCAGGGGUUCCGGAAACACAUGAUGAACAGGAAAGUGGACUCUGACAACGAGCCGUCGGACCCGGAGCGGCUUUUCCAGCGCUGUUUCACCGCUACGGUCACAAGCGUGAAAGUCGAAAGCCCCACAUAGGCCUCCGAAAAACUUGCCUUUGAGGAAAAAAAAAGAAAAAAAAGAAGCAGUCAGUAUGUCACGGCUCAGGAAGGCAGGCGAACCUGGACACAGUCAGAGCUGCCAGCGAGCCUCUCUGAGUGGGAGGACGACGGCAUUAGUUGGCAUCAUGUGCCACACGUUGCAGUCGUGGUGGCUGAGUGGAGCAAGUUGUUUGGUUUUUUUCAAUUAUUGGAGUUAAAAAAAAGAAAAGGAAAAAAGCACUCCCAGUGCCGUAGAGCACUCCUGAAAGUGUUUGUCACGGUUAAUGAAACUUUGUUCCAUUUUAAGUGGAAAUGGUUGAUCUUUCAUCCUCUCAGAAGUGAUUUGCAGACAGUAUGUGUGGCUCUGUGAGAGCUGGAUAAUAACACGGCGACGAAGGGAUUGCAGGAAAACACGGAAAGGAAAACAGGAUGUGAGUUUUCAAUGUUAAGUCAGACCCUUGUGACACUCGGCGCUGCCGAUUUGAGGCAGUGUCAUCUCAGGAACGCAAGGACUGGAGUGGGCUGCUGGUUUCUUCACAUGCUUACUGUGACAUGUCUUUACAUUUAAAUGGCAGACAUCCUUUUUCUACCCAUCAACGUGACGAUGACGAGAGGACGAAUGAGAUUGUUGGGGCUCGUCACAGUCCAGCGGUCUGACCCCCCGUCGUCAGUCAGCGACGUCGUCUUUUAUCAGUUAUCAAAACUGUUUUUCUCAGCAGAAGACAAAAGACUCAUUGAACAUGUCUAAUGACAUUAAUAGGUUUUGUGUGAUAACAGUUUGUGACAGCUUGUAUUUCAGUUCUAAUCACGAGGUGGUGAUGUAAGAGGUCAGCUGACAGCACUGUGAAUGAGCAAAUGAUUGUGAGACUUGAAUAAAGCGAACAACAACCUCA